UUACAGAUUUUUGGACAAAAAGUUUCCAGGCACUAGUGUUAGGGUUGUGCUGACGAAGUUGAUAGCCGACCAGGGGUUUAUGACACCUGUAUUACUGGCUACAUUCUUUAUAGUAAUGGCAGUUGUGGAACGGAGUGAAAAUCUCUUUGAAGAGUUUAAUCAGAAGUUCUUGCACACUUAUUUAGCGAAUCAAUCCUUCUGGAUACCUGCGCAGACCAUCAAUUUCUUUUUCGUGCCGCCAUAUUUACGAGUCGUCUAUGUGGCUACUAUGUCAUUUUUAUGGAUAAACGUGUUAUGUUAUAUAAAACGUCACGAAUUAAAGAGUGAUACAAAACUAACUAAAGUAAAAUCCUAA